UGGAGAACAUCUACCGCACUCUGUGUCUUGACCUGGACUACAACGUUUCACCACUCCCAUUCCUGGACCACAUUUACUGCAGUGCGAACCCUCUCGAUGAUGUCUGAUGUGCGGUCGACAUUCUGCAACCUGGAAAAUGAAUUCAAAUACAAAUUCUGUGAGUGGUGUAUCCAAUAAGUGAACUCUCGAGAAGUGUGGCGAGCGUGGCGAGCGUGGCGAGUUUCGAGGAGAAGAAAAAAUGAAAUUCGAUCGCGCGGUAUUUAAAAGUGAAGCGCGACAGUUUCUUAAAACGAUCAUUGCAGUAAUUUUACACAUCAGGUAAGAAGGGGGAAAAAAAAGUAUUAUUUUCUCUUGAUAAUAGUUUGCAGCUAAAAAGGAUGGGAGUCAGCUGCUGGCAGCUGUCGAUGGCACGCGCCAUCGGUUUCAGAAAAGUCAGCUCUUCAUUCUUUGCCCGUUGAACCGGAAAAUUGACAAGGCAUCCCUACGACCUCUGAACAAGUCGGAUUCUUGUUACACGUCCAAUUAAGUGACAUCCCUUUCUAAAGUUCGCAAGACCUUGACCGUGGUUUACGAUGAGAGUGGAGUUUUUAUGUCAAUUCGACAUUUGAAAUAAGAAGAAAACAAUAAAAUUUACGACAAGGACUCAGUUUUUGGAAAAAGAGAUGACUAAAGACGCUAGAGGACUAAAGAGAAUCGAGCGUUCGGAGAUGACGAUUUCAAGACUUAAUAAUAUCUCGAAGCCAAAAGGCAAUAUCCUUUUGGCUCGAGAUUUUUCCUUUGUUCAUUUUGAAUAUUUCUCGAGUUGCAAGUCUGUUUUUUUGUAUAUAUAUAUGUAUAUAAAAGGCCGCAACUUGUUCCAAAUGCUUCGGGGCAGUAUAUAAACUGUCUGGGAAUAUUUCCGAUAAGGGAGUAGAAAAGAGAAGAACAAGAGGAGAAGAAAAUAAAGAAGUGCAAAAAAAGGAAAAAUUGUCCUUAUAACACACAGUUUUUCGCCCUCUUUUACAUCUCGUGAGAAAUACCAAAAAAUAGGAAUAAAUAGAUGGAAGAAUGUCCUUAAAGCGAUGAAGGAAAGGGUUGAGUUUAUUCCGGAAAAGCUUCACUUCCAGAAGGUCAGAAGGUCACGCCACGAUGGUUUCCACACAUUUUUCUGCUCUUUCUAUGAACCCUUGCCCAGUUUUGACUUCCGAUGGGAAGUUCCAGGCAGAGGGUGAAAUACUGCAGCUGCCUGCACUCAACGCUACCGGAAUUUAAAAAAUGCAACAAAUGCGAACUUUCCUCGAGGAUCGCUUCUCGGAGAAUGAAACGAGAGGAGCAGGAGGUUUAUACAGCUGCUGGCGAACACGCGGUCUUUGAUCACGUGGGAAUAACACUCCCCACCAUCUCGCCAAUCAUGGGGGUGAAAAUAAAAGCGUAUAUCAGAAUCGAAUCAAAUGAAAAUUUACUGGAUACGAAACAAGUGCUUCAGGCGAUAGGAGAUAGAUUUUCAUUUGAGAUAAUUAGAAGUUCAUUUCACCCGAGAAAACCUUUAUUUUUAGAAGAAGAGAAAGAAAAAGAAAAGAGAGUGGAAUUUACUGGUUUCAGCGCAUGCUCGUGCAGAAAAUUGUGCGAAUGCGUCGAUCAAUGCCAAAAUGUGAAUAAUACAUUUAAGAACAAGAAAUAUACUUUAGUCAUGUAAUUGCAACUUGAGCCUUAAGGACUUUUCUAUCAUUUU